AUCGAGUUCAUUGUGAAUCUAUGAGUUGCCAUACACAUUACAUUUACACCUAGUAGUAGAGGAAAAGUAAGAAAAGGUAAAGAGUGCAAAGAAGAGCAAUAGAAGUCUACUUUUAUAAAAAGAGGAGGCGGGACGAAGAGUUGGACACUAUAAGAACAAACUAUAGCUGGACUUUUACUCAUUUGUCUCCGCCACCCAUAUUUCCAAUUUUUUUUCUUAAAAGAGAGAAAAAAAUAUUUAGAAAAUUCUUAUCAAGCGUUUGGAUUUGACGAAAUAUUUUUCUCAAAUUUCACGAAAUCUUCUCUCUUUAAUCAACCAAAAACCUACAUCCCAGAAAUAUAUUUAUUUAACAAAAUUUAUUAAAUUAAAAUUAGGGGUUGUUCUUAUUUUUUGUUUAUUGUAUUUUCUCCUUAUUUUUCUCUCACCCCCUUCGAAUAAGGAGAAAAUAAAAACUGAAGAAAAGAGAGGAGAAACUACGAGGAACAAAGCGCACAAUAUUGGAGAGAGAAAAUAAGAAAUAAAGUCACCGAUUGAAGUAUAUAUCCAGGGUUCAUGUGUGCAAACUCUGUGAUGUUUCCUGAUACAGUACAGUGAUUCUUUUGGUUUUGAUUCCUUGCAAUUAUCAACGUUGUUGAUUGGAAAGUUUUUGAUUUUGUGGUGUGGGGUUGUUUAAAAGGAUUUAUUGAUCUGUUGGUGUUUAAUUUGAGCUAGUAAUCAUGGUUGCCACGGCUGCAACUUCUGCUUUCUUACCUGUUGCUCCCUUACCUCCUGACUCGAAUUCGAAAUCCUCCUCGUCAAAACUUGGUUCCUCGAAUUUAGAUACCAGUGGUAUCAAGCCAAAAUCUGGCUCAUCUCGCGGUUUGAAAGUGAAAACCAAUGCACAAGCUCCCCCGAAGAUGAUCAAUGGCUCUUCGGUUGGUUAUUCUUCAACUAAGGAAGGGUUGAAGAGUGGGGAAGAAACCUCUUCUUCACCCCAGAGGACUUUUAUCAAUCAAUUGCCUGAUUGGAGCAUGCUUCUUGCUGCUAUUACUACAAUGUUUUUGGCUGCUGAGAAGCAGUGGAUGAUGCUUGACUGGAAAACAAAGCGUCCGGACGUGCUUGGUGACCCUUUUGGCUUGGGAAGGAUGGUUCAAGAUGGGUUUGUCUUCAGACAGAACUUCUCUAUUAGGUCGUAUGAGAUAGGGGCGGAUAGAACGGCCUCUAUAGACACAUUAAUGAAUCAUCUGCAGGAAACAGCACUCAAUCAUGUGAAAUCAGCAGGGCUUUGGGGUGAUGGCUUUGGUGCAACCCCAGAAAUGUGCAAAAAAAAUUUAAUUUGGGUGGUUACUAGAAUGCAGGUUCUUGUGGAUCGUUAUCCAACUUGGGGAGAUGUUGUUCAAGUUGAUACCUGGGUUAGUUCAUCUGGAAAGAAUGGUAUGCGUCGUGACUGGCUGUUUAGAGACUGUAGGACGGGUGAAAUUCUCACUAGAGCUUCAAGUGUCUGGGUGAUGAUGAAUAAAGAUACAAGGAGGUUGUCAAAAAUGCCAGAUGAAGUGCGUGCUGAAAUUGGGCCCUACUUUGUGGAUACUCCUCCUGUCAUCGCGGAGGAUGGGAGGAAGCUUCAAAAACUUGACGACAACUCUGCUGAACACAUCCGUACUGGUCUUACUCCUAGAUGGAAUGAUUUGGAUGUCAAUCAGCAUGUCAACAAUGUUAAGUACAUUGGCUGGAUUCUUGAGAGUGCUCCACAAUCAAUACUGGAGACCCAUGAACUCUCAGGGAUGACUUUGGAGUACAGGAGGGAGUGUGGAAAGAACAAUGUGAUAUCCUCGCUCACUUCUGUCUCUGGUGCUAGUGUUGGAGGACUCCAAGAUUCUGGGAAUGUAGAGUGCCAGCAUUUGCUGCGACUUGAGGACGGAUCCGAGGUUGUAAGGGGAAGAACUGAGUGGAGGCCCAAGCAUGCUAAGAACUUUGGCAUGUUGGAUCAAGCUCCAGUAGAGAGCACCUAGUGGCCGCGAACAUCCCUCUCCCAUAUUCUUGUGCAAAUUUCAAAUCUUGGCCCUGGAAUCUCAAAUGCUUUUACUUCCCCUUUUCUUCUUUCCUUUUACCCUUUUUUUUUUCCUUUUCCUUUUCCCCUAUAUAUGUUUUUAAUUUGCGCCGAUGUGCUAAAUGAUUCUACAAAAACCCCCCAUGUAAUUAUCCUAUGAUAUGUAUCUUCUACCUCCCCCCUUCUUCCUCAUCUUAAUGAUCAUGGUAGGACAAUGAUAAGAAAUUAGGGAUAUGUUUUGUUCUUUAAUUCUUUUUGAAUGGUUGUUAUGGUGAGUUUCUUAUUCAGAGCAGAUACCUAUUCACUUAA